UUGCCGACAGGACCGUUUACCUCACCCGUCGCGUCGCUCUCUGUGUCGUCACGUGAGUGGGAAGGAGGCGGCACUCGCGCGGGAAAACAAAGGCGCCGAUGAAAUGGGAAGAAGACUCAGUCAGAAAGGGCACUCUCUUGCGUCGUCUCGUCUUCCUCUUCUGUGUCUCCUUCAAUCUUUCGAGGGUACAAACGAAAAAGAGAGGAGCGCACUCUUUUCCGCCACAGGUCAUCGAGACUUCGAGACUAUCGAUCAAGUCCAACAGGCCUUGCCCGAUCUCCGCAUUCGGAGUUGUUCAUCUCGUCUUGGGUUCCCCUCCGAAUCCCCAGUUGGAAGCCAAAAUCGGAGCCACAGUAUGUUUGCACAAACCUCUGGACUUGUAUUCUUUGUCGGCAUGAUAUUUCAUAAAAGUAAUAACAUGAAGCCUAUUAAGGUGCCCUCUGUGAGAGACAUCUUGGGUGAUGUAAUGGACUCAGUGUUGCUGAUGAUUCUGCACGGACGAAGCAAACAAAGCUGGCAAAAAGAAGAUGAAUCAUUUUCCAAGGAUACAACAACGACAAGAACAAAGUCAAAAAUCAUAACUAUCGGGAGGUGGUCAUAUGAAUCUUUUAUCGUCUACAAUUGUCUCCCAUAGCCAGCGAUGAUGAAGGAAGGGACUUUCCCCACAUUGCAGCAGCAACGUGAUAGGUAGGUGGCUUUCAUAAAGGUGGAGGCCCUCUUUCAUUCGACAGGUAGAUCUGUAGUCGCAGUCGAUCGCAAUUUCUUUCCACUUCCUUGGAAGGGGGUAAAACUACUUACCAUCGACUGCUUCCUAAUCGUGCACUCUUCUUUUUAGUUGGUCAGUGGCUUAAAUGUGCAUGCAAACGAUCUAAUUUUCUGUGCCAUUGAAGUUUGUCCUUUGUCUUGUUCCACAGGAACAGUCUUUAAGCAUCUGCUUCCGUGCUCUGUACCAUGCAGAGACAAGUUCUGUACUGUUUACAGCAACGAGGACACCGUGCAGAUGCCUGAAAACUCAUCCUCCGCAGCUCAUCGGAAAUAACCAAAUUAUUUGGAGAGCGACACAAAAAUCCAAGGAAAUGAAAAGACGUUCCUCCAUCCAUCUCGUCCUUUUGCGCCUUCUUUUAUCAAUGCCCAUCUGGUAUACGAUGAUAGUGUGGAAGCAAAUGGGAUUCGGUGAACAUGGGUGGGAAUCAUUGGAUCCUUCUCGAUCUGACAUCGUUAUUCCACGACGAGUACCUGAUGAAAUGC